AGUGAUUAUCAUUUUAAUCAACAAAAACACAAUUGACUUGGAUCCAAAAAUCACUAUUUGUUACGUGGUGUUGUUGCCAUUUUCAAAUAGAAAGCUCGUUUGCCCUAAAUACCUAAAUCGAGGAAAGUAAACUGAAUUUGGGUCCAUAUCAGUUCCUUCAACAACCUCCAAUUCGUGUUCUGCGUGUCUGAAUUACUUGGAAUCGAAGUCUAGGACUCAUAAAUUCAAGAACUCUAUACCUAUAAUUCAUCGAAUCAGUUACAAUGCUCUUUAACCCCUAGAAUCUCCCUUCAUUUCUUCAGGACGAUGGUGAGGUGGGUUCACGAUGAUCUACUACUCUUGAUCAAUUGUCCCACGCACCUUCAAAUCUUAUCAUCGUCAUCAUCAUCGCCGGCAUCAAUUACUUCAGUUCUUGAUGGAUCCGAAGAAGAAAUCCGUAAAAGAAAAGAAUACGAAUCACGAGGAGAAAGUAAAGAUCAUUCACUGGGAAGAUUUUCAACAGGAGCUUGCUCGUCUUUCGAGUCUGUCGUCCGCCCUUAACGAAGCUAAGGAGAAGAAGUCUUUAAUUCAAGAGAAACUUAACUCUCAUUUACAGUUAGAAGAAGAGUCAUUAAGUCGAUCAAACAAGCUAGAUCAGAUGCGUGAAAAUUUGGAAGCAAGAAAGUUGGUUAUGGGAAACAUGUCAAUGAGGUCAAAAGUUGUACAAGAAAAAUCCAAAAAGCAGGAGGAGCAACUUAACUCUCAGAUUAGAUCUCUUCUCAUGGCUGGAACUUCUCUUUCUGUAGCCACUAGAAGCUUGCAGGAAGCAAAUAAUUCACUGAAUGGAGAACGAGGGUAUGUUCGUCUACAAAAUUUGCAGAAGUUGCUGAGAGGGAGGCAACAAUUCAUGGUGUCACAAAUUGCAUUGCUUUAUCCUGUCAAGGUUGUGAGUGGACAUACCUGUGAGCAAGAACUUGAAUCAUUUUCCAGAAGUAGUAAAUCAGGAAAUCCUUCUGGAUCAAAACCCAUGGAUGCAGGAUCUUUGACCAUUUCAGGUCUUCAUCUAACUGUCCUCCCUUUUAAGAAGCUGAGUUUCUUCACUGAUAAAAAAGAAGUACAAAGAUCAGCAACUGCUCUUGGUUAUGUUGCACAUGCUGUUUCCCUAAUUGCUUUCUAUUUAGAAAUUCCUUUGAGAUACCCUUUACGAUUAGGAGGCUCACGUACAUAUAUUUGCGAUUAUGCCCCUUCAGUGGAGCCCACUUCAUCUGAUUUCACAUCAAUCUCUUUAUCUUCCUCAACUUCAAAGCCCAUGGAGUUUCCACUCUUCUUGGAAGGCCAAGACACAACAAGAUCAGCUUAUGCUGUAUUUCUACUAAACAAGGAUCUGGAGCAGCUGUUGAACUUUAUAGGGAUUGAAAGCUUAGGGCCACGACACGUGCUGGCUAAUAUGAAAGAGCUUCUAAACAACAUCCUCUCAACAGAAUAUAUCAAUUCAUAACCAUUGCUUCCUUUUUUUUUUUGUAAGUUUAUUGUACAUGGUUUCUUUAUUUUCUAUUUUAUUACAAACGGUGCUUGUUUUAUUUUUUCCCCAUGGAGCACCUUUUGAUCAACAUAUAAUAUGUAAUCACUCUUUCAAUCUUUGUGCUAG